GCUAAAGCGGGGCAGAGGGGGAGUCUGCAGGGUGUAAAAUACACAGGAGCUGCGAAUCAGAAACUCCGCAGACCCGCGUAACUUUUCCAACAAGCGGCGGCCGCUUUUUUUUUUUCUUUCCUAACUCGACUUGGUUGCUGGAAAGAUGACCACAGCCGUGGUGUCGCCUUUCUUCGACUUUGAAAUGAUAAACAAGAACAAUAAAUUCAGCUACAACAACAACCUGGGGGGCCCUCACCCAGUGUCUGUCCCUUGCACUGGCACCAACGUGCCCCUCUCCAAUGCCACCGGAUCCCUGCUGGACAGGAAGGCGGUGGGAUCCCCAGCAAUGGCAAGCGUGUUCCAUCGGCGUCACUCUGUCAGCAGCACCAAGUUCAGCCAGAACCAGUUUCUGAACAGCCUGAAGACGGUGGAGCAUUCCUCGCUCAUCUCAGGGGCUGGCAACGCCAGCAGCAGCAACAACAAGGAGACCCGCCUGCGAGACCGCUCCUUCUCCGAGACGGGCGAGCGGCUCCUCAACAAGUGCCUGGGGCCCUCCAGCCCGACGUGUGGUGGCGGCGGCGGCAGCAGCCCGGUGAACUCCAGCCGUUACAAGACGGAGCUGUGCAGGCCCUUCGAGGAGAACGGCACCUGCAAGUACGGCGACAAGUGUCAGUUCGCCCACGGGGUGCACGAACUGCGCAGCCUUAGCCGUCACCCCAAAUACAAAACCGAGCUGUGCCGCACCUUCCACACCAUCGGCUUCUGCCCCUACGGGCCGCGUUGCCACUUCAUCCACAAUGCCGAGGAGCGUCGCGGACCUCCGCAGCAGUCGUCCCCUUUAAACUCUUCCAACAAGAUGGAGAGGCCCCGGCUGCAGCACAGCUACAGCUUCGCUGGCUUCUCCAGCUCCGGGGGACUUAGGGACAGCCCGACCUCGGUCACCCCACCGCCCAUGUUCUUCCCAGACGAGGUCCCAAACUGGCCCAGCAGCAACCCUUUCACCUAUUCCAGCCAGGAGCUGGCCAACCUGUUUGGGCCGAGCCUAAGCACCGGUACGGCAGGCGCGGAGCCAAACAGCGCCGCGCCGCCCUCUCCGACCGGCACACCUUACUUCUUCAGACCCAUGUUGGAGUCCCCUCCGCUGUUUGAAACCUCCUCAAGCCCCCCAGACUCUCUGUCAGACCAGGAAGACUACCAGAGCAGCUCCGGCUCCGAGUCGCCCUCGCUGGACAACAGCCGACGCCUUCCCAUCUUCAGCCGCCUUUCCAUCUCCGACGAGUAACGGCACGCUCUAAAGAUCGGUGACACAAAGAGAGCAUGGCACUCCCCUCUACCUCU